AAGAAGGAGGCGUUACUGAUUUGACACAAUGCUGAAGUCAUUUAAUCGCCACAGUUCAGCAAUCGGCAUUGGAGGAGUAAGAGGAGAAGUGAACGCCACAUGGAUAUCUAUCAAAACCAAACUAGAAGCCACAUUUUUUAUUUACUAAAUGAGGCAUGUCAGUUUAGAAUCGUUAACGUUUGAUUGAUUAUCCACGUUUUUUAAAUUUGUCCCACGGAGCGUGCGUUCAUAGUAGCACUCGUGUUCCAAUUACAGCGCGUCUGAGGUCUGCUUUGUUCUCAUUUUGACAGCGCUCGCUCUGCAACUGUUCACGAUGGAUAUUUCAGAUAAGGAACCCCGAUCUGAUGAAGAGAUAGAAUAUGAAGAGGAAGAAGUUGACCCCAGAAUUCAGGGGGAACUGGAGAAGCUCAAUCAGUCCACAGAUGACAUCAACAGAUGUGAGACAGAACUGGAGGAUGCAAGACAGAAGUUCCGCUCGGUGCUGGUGGAAGCGACAGUGAAGCUGGAUGAACUUGUCAAGAAGAUCGGCAAGGUGGUGGAGGAAUCCAAACCCUACUGGGAGGCCAGGAAAGUGGCCAGACAGACUCAGCUGGAGGCCCAGAGGGCCACCCAGGACUUCCAGAGAGCCACGGAGGUGUUGCGGGCAGCCAAGGAGACCAUCGCCCUGGCAGAGCAGAGGCUGUUGGAGGAAGACAACAGGCAGUUUGACUCGGCGUGGCAGGAGAUGCUCAACCACGCCACCCAGAGGGUGAUGGACGCGGAGCACACCAAGACGAGGGGUGAGCUGGUGCACAAGGAGACGGCGGCCAAGUACACGGCGGCCAUGGGCCGCAUGAAACAGCUGGAGAAGAAACUCAAACGCACCAUCAGCAAGUCCAAGCCGUACUUUGAAUUGAAGGCAAAGUACUACCUGCAACUUGAGCACCUGAAGAAGAAUGUGGAUGACCUGCAGGCCAAGCUGUCGCAGGCCAAAUGUGAAUACAAGACUGCCCUGAAGAACCUGGAGAUGAUCUCCGAUGAAAUCCACCAGCGCCGACGCAGCUCCGCCAUGGGGCCGCGAGGCCGCGGCGUGGGCGCCGAGGGCGACAGCGUCUCCGGGGACGACAUCACUAACUUCAAGAUGGAGUCGGAUGGUAUCUCCAUGACCUCAGAGUCCUUCGAGGAUGAGACGUGUAGCAGCGCCAUGUCAGAGGAAGACUCCGAGACCCGGUCCACUUGCAGCUUAGGCUCCUCCCCCAGCACCCCCCAGGACCUGCUCUCGCCCUGCCCCUUCGCCAGCUCCUCCUCCUCGCCCGCCUCCUCCCCCAGCACCCCCCAGGACCUGCUCUCGCCCUGCCCCUUCGCCAGCUCCUCCUCCUCGCCCGCCUCCUCCCCCAGCACCCCCCAGGACCUGCUCUCGCCCUGCCCCUUCGCCAGCUCCUCCUCCUCCUCCUCCUCUACGUCCUCCUCCCCUGCUCCGUCCUCGCGCCCCUGCAGCCUGGACCUGACCAGCCCCGUGUCGCUCUCCGACUUCGGCCUCAUCUCGCCAGUGCUGGGACCUCGUAGCGAGUGCAGUGGGGCAUCUUCACCCGAGUGUGACAUGGAAAGAGGUGAUAGAGCUGAAGGGGCGGAGGGAGAGCUC